AAGUUCAACAAAGAAAUUCGAUAGGUCGAAAAUAAAAGUCGAUGUAAGUUCAGUCGAUACAGAACAGUCAUCUCAGUCGUAUUUUUAUCUAUGCGAGACUAUUAUUCUAAAAAUUAGUUGUCACAAGAUUAACGCAAUUAGUGAAAGAUUCGUCGCUGUCUCGUGUCGUUUUUGAAAAGUUUUAUACUUGGUAGGUGACAAAAUGAUUUUCGAAAGAAUGAGUGCCAACAUUUUCCAUAAGGUUAGACAGUUAGAAUCUCUUUCCAAAACUAGCCUUUUUUCAAACUCUUGCAAAGCAGCACAACUUAGUAGAACAUCAACAAAUUUUGCUGGUGUUAAUCAAUGUUUAAAUUCUACUGUAACCAAAUAUGGAAACACUAGUUUCCUGAAAAAGCUUCCAACAAUUACAACUGUUGGUUUGCAACAAAAUCGUAAAGCAGCUACAGCUUCAGGUGACCAUGUACGUUUGUGGGUAUUUGAGAAAAUUGUCUCUGCAGCACUUCCAGCUGUAAUUCCUGCUGCUCUAUUAAUGGAAAAUGCAGUUCUUGAUGGGUUAAUGUCCAUAUUAGUUGUAAUGCACACACAUUGGGGUUUAGAAGCUAUUAUUACAGACUAUGCAAGACCUAGUGUUGUUGGACCGUUAUUACCAAAGAUUUUGCAUAUUUCAUUGAUCCUACUUUCUGCAGCAACACUUGCUGGACUACUUUUGCUUAUACAUAAUGGACCUGGAGUUGCAAGGGCUGUUAAAGAUGCUUGGGCAAUUGGUAAAGAACCACCUACUCCUCAAACAGAAAAACCUGUUUCAACGUAAAUUAUCAUUAUUAUCUAUUUGAUUUUUAA